CACAUGAACGCACUGUUGAAUCGUUUUCGCCAUGUAAAGUCGCGAGCACGUUGAGAUCAUCGGAGGAGCCGUGCACACGAUCAGAAGUUCAGAAGUCUCUGCUUGAAUUCGUGGACGGUUGUCGCUCAAAGUGCGCUUGCAUGUCUGAACGGUCGUCACAUCGCCACACGGUACAAGCCAAGUGAAUUACCCUUGUCCUUCCCAGUUUGGUUUUUCUGGACGGACUCUCGUGCGUGAGAAACGGUGUGUGGAUAUUCGGGACAUCCGGGAACUUUCCGAGCGACCACCUGUCUCCGCUCGCUACCUGUUCCUCUAUUCGUAGGUUGCUGUGCCAAGACUCGUCUGGUUUCCCUCAUAAGUGAGAUAUUUCCGUGAAUAGAAAUUACUUUGCUGGUGUUGAAUUGGAAAAGGUUUUCCAUCUACAUUUUUUUCUACUGUGAGUGAGACGUUCUAAAAAAUCAACGAGAUGCCGAAGUCGCUCAAUGUACGUGUUACUACAAUGGACGCCGAGCUGGAGUUUGCUAUCCAGCAAACUACCACCGGCAAACAACUUUUCGAUCAAGUUGUUAAAACAAUUGGACUGCGUGAAGUGUGGUUCUUCGGCCUUCAAUAUACAGACUCGAAAGGGGAUCUUACAUGGAUUAAGCUUUACAAAAAGGUGAUGAAUCAAGAUGUGAAGAAAGAGAACCCCCUACAGUUUCGUUUUCGAGCGAAAUUUUACCCAGAAGAUGUAGUUGAAGAGCUUAUUCAAGACAUCACUCUACGACUGUUCUAUCUGCAAGUGAAGAAUGCAAUUCUGUCAGAUGAAAUCUACUGUCCACCCGAAACGUCGGUACUACUUGCGUCUUAUGCAGUGCAAGCUCGUCACGGAGACUACAACAAGAGCACACACACGCCCGGCUUCUUGCAAAACGAUCGAUUACUUCCUCAACGUGUUAUCGAUCAACAUAAGAUGUCAAAAGAAGAAUGGGAACAAUCGAUCAUGACUUGGUGGCAAGAACAUCGCGGCAUGUUGCGUGAGGAUGCAAUGAUGGAGUACUUAAAAAUCGCACAGGAUCUAGAAAUGUACGGUGUAAAUUACUUUGAAAUUCGUAAUAAGAAGGGAACCGAUCUAUGGUUGGGAGUGGAUGCUUUGGGGUUGAACAUUUAUGAGAAAGAUGAUAAGUUGACACCAAAAAUUGGUUUUCCAUGGUCGGAAAUUCGCAACAUCUCAUUCUCCGAUAAACGAUUUAUUAUCAAACCAAUUGAUAAGAAGGCACCCGAUUUCGUCUUCUUCGCUCCUCGUGUAAGGAUCAAUAAGCGUAUUCUAGCUUUGUGCAUGGGAAAUCACGAAUUGUAUAUGCGACGACGAAAACCAGAUACCAUAGAUGUUCAACAAAUGAAGGCUCAAGCCAGAGAAGAGAAGAAUGCUAAACAACAAGAAAGGGAGAAACUCCAAAUGGCAUUGGCUGCACGAGAAAGAGCCGAGAAGAAGCAACAAGAAUAUGAAGAUAGAUUGAAGGCCAUGCAGGAAGAAAUGGAAAGAUCGCAAGCUAGUCUUUUGGAAGCACAAGAAACAAUUCGCCGUCUCGAAGAACAACUUCGUGCUCUACAACAAUCGAAGGAAGAACUUGAGCAAAGCCAGAAGGAAUUGCAAGCUAUGUUGCAAAGACUUGAAGAAGCCAAGCAUAUGGAGGCCACCGAACGUGCUAAACUCGAAGAAGAAAUUCAGGCCAAACAACAAGAAGUCAUGCGUAUUCAAGAAGAAGUUGAGUCUAAGGACCAAGAAGCCAGACGGCUACAAGCUGAAGUUGAAGAAGCAAGACUCAAGCAGAGCGAAGCUGCUGCUGCUCUUUUGGCUGCUACAACCACUCCACAACAUCACCACGUCGCCGAAGACGAACACGACGAAGAACUCACAAAUGGUGAUUCUGGCGAGGACAUUUCACGUGAUUUAGUAACUGAUGAACAUAUUAAAGAUCCUGUUGAAGAUCGUUUGACAUUGGCUGAACGAAAUGAACGACUCCACGAUCAAUUGAAGGCAUUGAAACAAGAUCUAGCCCAAUCAAGAGAUGAAACAAAAGAAACCGCUAACGAUAAAAUCCAUCGCGAGAAUGUACGUCAAGGACGCGACAAAUACAAGACUCUUCGAGAAAUCCGGAAGGGCAACACCAAACGUCGUGUGGAUCAAUUUGAAAAUAUGUAA